GAAAGGAUCACUGUCGUGCCACGAUGUCAGAGAACAAGAGUCCGAUCAAGUAUUUUCUGUCCGGCGGGUUCGGUGGCAUUUGUACCGUGCUGGCCGGCCAUCCGCUCGACACGAUCAAGGUGCGGUUGCAAACAAUGCCCAUACCGGCCGCCGGAGAAAAACCCCUGUACGCCGGAACUCUAGACUGUGCGAAGAAAACGAUCGCACGGGAAGGUUUCCGGGGGUUGUACAAAGGUAUGUCCGCACCGAUAACGGGUGUGGCACCGAUCUUUGCAGUGAGUUUCUUCGGGUUCGGACUGGGUAAACGGUUGCAGCAAAAAACACCCGACGAGGAGCUAAACUACACCCAGCUCUUUGCGGCCGGUGCAUUUUCGGGCAUCUUUACCACCACCGUAAUGGCGCCGGGUGAACGGAUUAAGUGUUUGUUGCAGAUCCAGCAGGGUGGCAAUUCACCCCAGAAGUACAACGGGAUGGUGGACUGCGCGAAGCAGCUGUAUGCCGAGGGUGGCAUGCGUAGCAUCUACAAGGGUGCGUUCGCAACGCUACUGCGUGACGUGCCCGCUUCCGGCAUGUAUUUCCUCACGUACGAAUACAUUCAGCGAGCACUUGCACCGAAGGCAGGUGAAAAGAAGGACACAUCGAUCGGGCUGCUCGGAACGAUCUUUGCCGGUGGUAUGGCCGGUAUCGCUAACUGGGCAAUUGGGAUGCCGGCAGAUGUGUUGAAAUCGAGACUGCAGACCGCACCCGAAGGAACGUACCCGAACGGGAUAAGAGACGUGUUUCGGGAGCUGAUGCGGCGCGAAGGCCCGUUGGCCCUGUACAAGGGCGUCACGCCGGUAAUGUUACGUGCAUUCCCGGCCAAUGCGGCCUGCUUUAUUGGGGUGGAAAUUUUCAUGAAAUUUCUCAACGUGGUCGCUCCGGGACUGUAGAAGUGCAAU